AUGCAUGAGACCUACGUGCGCAGACAGCCGUGCCGGGCCGGCUUUACCUUGGAGCGGUUCACGUUCGUGGUGCCCCGUGCGCAGCUGCUCCGGGGCCAGGUCCUGGGCCAAGUGAGGUUUGAGGACUGCACGAGCUGGAAGACAGCGCUGUACGAUGCAGAUGAUGCUGACUUCCGUGUGCUGGCAGAUGGGACGGUCCUGAUGAGACACCACACCCAGCUGCAUGGGCGGGGGAAGACUUUUACCGUGGAUGCCUGGGAUUCCACUGGCAAGAAAUUCUCUGCUUCAGUGACUGUGAAGACCCAAAGCCCUCACUCAGCACAGGAAUCUGCUUCAGACCAUCAAGCAGAGGUGCUGAUGUUCCCACAGGCCAGACCUGGUCUGCAGAGACAGAAGAGGGACUGGGUGAUCCCUCCGAUAAGGGUUCCUGAAAAUGAGAGGGGCCCAUUCCCUAAAAAGCUGGUUCAGAUCAAAUCCAAUAAGGAUAAAGUGACCAAGAUUAUCUACAGCAUCACAGGGCAGGGUGCAGACACCCCUCCCAAUGGCGUCUUCACCAUCGAGGCCAAGACCGGCUGGAUGAUGGUGACUCAGCCCUUGGACAGAGAAGACAUCGACAAAUACCACCUCUUCUCUCACGCCGUGUCUGAGAAUGGCAAACCUGUGGAGGAGCCCAUGGAGAUCAUCAUCACCGUGACAGAUCAGAAUGACAACAAACCCCAGUUCACCCAAGAGCUCUUCAGAGGCUUGGUCCUGGAAGGAGCACUGCCAGGGACCUCUGUGAUGCAAGUAACUGCCACGGAUGCAGAUGAUGCUAUUGAGACCUACAAUGGGGUCAUUGCAUACUCCAUCCUGAACCAAGAGCCUAAGGAACCCCAUCCCCAGAUGUUCACCAUCCACAGAGCCACUGGAGCCAUCAGUGUGAUUGCAAGUGGUCUAGACAGAGAGAGAGUGAGAGAAUACACGCUGACGCUGCAGGCUGCAGACUUGGAUGGGGAAGGCUUAACAACCACUGCAUCCGCUGUGAUUGAGAUCGCGGACACCAACGACAAUGCUCCAGUGUUUGACCCCAGAACGUACACCGUGGCAGUGCCAGAGAACGAAGCGGGACGCGAGGUCCAGAGGCUGACCGUGACGGACACAGACGAGGUCAACACGGCGGCGUGGCGGGCCGUGUACACCAUUGUGCGAGGCAAUGAAGGAGGCUUCUUCACCAUCACCACGGAUCGCGAGACCAAUGAAGGCAUUCUGCGAACAGCUAAGGGCUUGGACUUCGAAGUGAGAAGCCAGUUUGUCCUCUACGUGGCAGCCACCAAUGAGGAGCCCUUUGUCGUGAAGCUCACAACCUCCACGGCCACUGUCACGGUGAACGUGGAGGAUGUGAAUGAGGCACCUAUCUUCGACCCGCCCAUCCGGACAGCCCAGGUCUCAGAGGACGUGCCGAUUGGGCAGAAAAUCACCUCCUACACGGUUCAGGACCCAGACAAAAUGCAGAGUCAGACGAUCCGGUACCACAUCGGGAAUGACCCCGCAGGCUGGCUGGAGAUUCACCCGGAAAACGGCAUUGUAACGGCAAAGGCCCAGCUGGACAGGGAGGCCGUGUUUGUGAAGAACAACACCUACACGGCCAUUGUGCUGGCAGUGGACGAUGGCACCCCACCUGCCACUGGCACGGGCACCUUGCUUCUGACUCUUCUGGAUGUGAAUGACAACGGGCCAGAGCCAGACCCUCGUGAGAUCACCGUCUGCAACCAGAAUCCAGUGCCACAGGUCCUGACCAUCCACGACAAGGACCUGCCCCCGAACACCUCCCCCUUCAGAGCAGAGCUCAUCCAUGGAUCUGGUGUGAGCUGGGCUGCAGAAAUGGACAGUAAAGGGGAGACGCUCACCUUGAAGCUGCUGGAGCCAUUGAAGAAAGACAUCUACCAAGUUUACCUGCGGCUCUUUGACAACCAGAACAAAGACCAGCUGACUGUCCUCAAGGCAGAAGUGUGCAACUGUGAGGGGCAUGCAGAGAAGUGCCCAGAGGAACAGCUGCCUGUUCUGGGGGUCCCCAUCAUUCUGGCCAUCCUGGGGGCUAUUCUGGCCCUGCUGAUCAUCCUGCUGCUGCUGCUCCUCUUUGUGCGGCGGAGGAAGGUGGUGAAGGAGCCCUUGCUGCUCCCAGAGGACGACACCCGGGACAACGUCUUCUACUACGGCGAGGAGGGAGGCGGCGAGGAAGACCAGGACUACGACCUCAGCCAGCUGCACCGCGGCCUGGAGGCUCGCCCCGAAGUCAUCGUCCGCAACGACGUGGUGCCGACCCUGCUGCCAGCUCCCCAGUAUCGGCCUCGACCUGCCAACCCCGAUGAGAUCGGCAACUUCAUUGAUGAGAACCUGAAGGCGGCCGACACUGACCCCACCGCCCCGCCGUACGACUCCCUGCUGGUAUUUGACUACGAGGGCAGCGGCUCCGAGGCGGCCUCGCUCAGCUCCCUCAACUCCUCCUCCGACCGGGACCAGGACUAUGACUACCUGAACGACUGGGGCGGCCGCUUCAAGAAGCUGGCCGACAUGUACGGUGGGGGCGAAGACGAGGAGUAGGCGCUGCCUGUGUGUUUGGGCUGCAGCCGGGCGACACGUGUGAGAAAUGUUGCUGCGGCCCGUUUGACACAGACCAGCAAGGUCGCUGCUCUUCCCGAGUGGGCUGGAUGGCUGAAAUUCCCUUUCCUUAGCAGACAAUCGCACUACGUGAAUCUGUCAUCCUCGCAGUCCUGGCUCAGUUUCUUCAGCCCCCGUCGUUCAGCCGUGGAUAGCCAGUGCUUUCCAGGUUAAUGGGGGCUGGGGGAAUUCUGUUUCGGGGGCAUCCAGAUUUCGGUCAACCAAGGGGGCCUUGCUGGCAGCCUGCCCAGAACACCCUGCACUUUGACGGCUUCACUGUAGGGGCUGCAGGUCCCAUCGUGCUCAAGGCAGAGCAAGGCACGCUGGGAUCGACAGCCUCCACAGACUGACUGUUUCUAGGAGAGGGCAGACCUGGGCUGCUCUCUAGAAGCGCAGGCCACAGCCCAGUUCUGUUUCCUCUCGUGCGGCUGGGGAGCUCCUGGCUGCUGUUACUUCCCCCAGACGGCCAGGCGCUUCCAUUUCCCUGUGCCCACGUGGGUGAGCACUCACACACACCUGCUAAAUGGCCUAGUCUUGCUGCUUUGCAGCACACUGGGCAAGGGGUGUCCGGAGAACGCACUCGCAGCAUCUUCACCUGCCCUGCAUCUCUUGCUGCAGGCCUCCCAGGACAGGGGCCUGCUAACUUCUGGGGGCUCCUCUCUUCCAGCGGUGUCAUUAACAGGUAACCAUUUCCCCGGUGCUCUCAGAAUACCUCAUUCCGAAUGCAGGAAGCCGAGCGGGAAACUCCCCUCCACCAGCGUACGGGAUUUGUUCACUUUUUAACACCACCCACUGUGUGGUUCGGUGCUGCGUGUGCCCACGGAGUAGAUUCUGAAGAGCAAGCGUGAAGUAGCCUUUCUCAGUAACCGUGGCGAUCAGCUACCGCUGGGCCAGUCUGGAACACAGCCACAUUGCAGGGGACUUUGCCAGAGAUAUUUUUUAUUGAAUUUUCAGAUGCCACUUAUUUUUUAAUAUUACCAUUACCCUUAAACAAGAGCUGCACUUUGAUACGUUUAGCACUGUGCCAACCCAAAGAUGAGGGUAG